CUCUUUUCUGACCGCGCGCCGAUCAGUCGGCGAACGAGGCAGCCGAGCCGCGUGGAGCCGAGCCGAGCCGAAUCCGUCGGCGCUUGACCAAGACCUUGCCGGGGCCGCGACAACGCCCGACAACGCCGUCAACGCCGACACCGGUUCCCCGGGUUGAACACAAACAGAGUGCCAGUGCGGUGCGAUCCAAGUGCGAGUGUGUGUGAGUGCGGACUGUGUUAGUGUGCGCCGGACGACACCAUGAAGGAUCUACCGCAGUUCCCGAGCUUCUGGGGAUGGCUGUCCCAGCAGCACAUCCGAGUGCCCACCUCGGACCCGUCCCUCGCGCCGUCCAAGCAGGCCGCCAAGCAGCCCAGGGAGCCCCGCGAGCCCCGCGAGCCCGCGCGCCCCGGGUCACCGUGUCCAGCUACGGGCCCACGACCGUCAACGGCGUGGUGGACCGCUUCUUCACGCGCCCCGACGACUACGGCAAGCACGGCCGCCGGCCCAAGAGCGUGCUCAUCCUCCUGAUCGUCGGCUUGGUGGGCUUGUCCGUCGGCCUGGUCAUGAUGCUCACCGACCCCUACAACAGGCUGUUCGAGUGGAAAGCCACGUUCGGCUCCGGCGGCGAGAUGUUCAACCUGUGGGAGAAGCCCCCGGUGGAGCUGUACCUGCGCGUCUGGCUGUGGAACGUGACCAACCGGGAGGAGUUCCUGGCCGGCAAGGAGAAGCUCCGGGUCCACGACGUCGGCCCCUACGUGUACAGGGAGCGGUUCACCCACGAGAAGGUCGUGUUCAACGAGAACGGCACCAUGACGAGCGUGCCCACGCACCCCCUGAUCUGGGUGCCGGAGCUGAGUGAAGGUCACAGCGAGAACGACACCCUGAUCCUGCCCAACAUCGCCCUGCUGAGCUUCUCCAACGUGAUGGCCGACGCGUCCGUGUUCACGAGGCUGGCCGUCAACGUGCUCAUCAGGCAGACCGACUCGCAGCCCCUGGUGGAGAUGACGGCGCGCGAGUUCAUGUUCGGCUACGAGAGCCCCCUGGUGACGCUGGGCAACAAGUUCAUGCCCUCCUGGAUCAUGUUCGAGAAGCUGGGCCUCAUCGACAGGAUGUACGACUUCGCCGGCGACUUCGAGACGGACUUCACCGGCGAGACGGACGUCAAGAACUCCGGCCUGAUCGACAAGUACAACGGGCGGCCCUACCUGCCGCACUGGCGGCGCGAGGAAGGCGACGGCCCCACCACCUGCAGCAACGUGCGCUUCGCGUCGGACGGCACCAAGUUCAACUCGUACAUCGAGCCCAACCAGACGCUGUCCUUCUUCCGGAAGUCCAUGUGCCGGGCCAUGCCCAUGGUGCGCGUGGGUGAGGCGAAGCGGUCCGGCAUGAUGGGCUACAAGUACACCUUCAAGAGCGACGCUCUGGACAACGGCAAGGUGAACAAGGACAACAAGUGCUUCUGCCGGCAGGGACACUGCCUCCCGGAGGGCCUCAUCGACGUCACCGACUGCUACUACGGCUUCCCCAUCGCCGUGGGCUACCCGCACUUCUACAAGGCCGACCCCGCCGUCAUCAACGCCAUCGAGGGCGUGUACCCGGACGAGAGGAAGCACGAGACCCACUUCAUCAUCGAGCCGGUGUCCGGCAUGCCGCUCGAGGUGGCCGUCAGGAACCAGAUCAACAUGGCGCUGGGCGACCUCAGCAACAUGGCGCACGUCACCAAGUUCAGCCACAUGGUGCUGCCCCUGCUGCACACCGAAAUCGGCAUGAAGGAGCUGCCGUCCAACAUGCAGGUCAAGUUCAUCAUCUACAUGGUGAUCCUGCCCGUGGUGACGGUGGUGCUGACGUGGGUGUUCCUGGUGGGCGGGCUGGCGCUGAUCGGCGUGUGCCUGGUGGCGGCCUUCUGCAACCCGUGCCGCCCCGACGUGGACGUGGAGACGCGCCGCAACUCGCGCGCCUGGCUGCAGCAGGACACGGACGUGAACAAGGCCGUGAGGAAGCAGAUGCCCGAGCUGCUGAUCGUGGAGGCGGAGCGGCACGCGGCGCAGCUCAAGCACGGCAUGGCGCGCGAGCGCGAGAUGCAAGUGUACCGGUCGCUGCUGGCCCCCGACGACGGCAACGACGUGUCCGGCUCGUCCAACGCGUCCUCCAGGAGGACGUCCUUCGAGCAGGCCUACUGCUAGUGCGCUGCUAGUGUGCUGCUAGCGCGGCGGAGGAUACCACGGCCUCCCCGAGGACCUCGACGAGGCCCCGGCGGAGGGCCCGGCAGACAGUAUUAUGGCAGUGCCUAACCACCCUGCUGGCGGGGACGUGCGGCGCGGGGCCGGCGCGGCGACGCGGGGACUGCGCCCCACCUGACUGACUGCAGCUCCGCCCCGAG